AAGAACUUCAAAAUGAGCUCCUUGGUCUAACAGAGACAGCAGUGCAUCAUGUACCACCACUCAGGUCUCAGUGGACUGUAAUAUGAUUUGAUUUUUCUAUCAGAUGUAAUACAACACUAUCAGACUUCACUAGAGAAGUUAUCUGCAUCAAGCAGGUAUCUGUAGUUACAGGAGAGCAAAGGCUGACUGAAUGGUUCUUAAAAUACAUCACUAACAAUGCACAGACAAUCUAAAAAUAUCAAUGCUCCUCGGGAAGAUAAAGAAAAUGAGAGCAGAUAUACUGAAGAGAAGGAAGAGGUCUCUUUCCCUGAUGUGUCAAAAGACCGGAAGAUUUGCAAAGUGGCUAAAUCAAAAGCCAUCAGGGCAUCUAAGAAGAGGAAUUUAAGUGAUGGGAACCAUGCACAGUUGCAAAAAUGCACCCUGAAAUACACAGAAGGCCUCGAGAAGGAGUCACACCAUGCUGGGGAUGUUGUUAGCUGUCAGUUUACUGAAUGCUCGUUUGAUAUGCACAAAGUGGAUGUGGUUGGUGAAUCUACGUUGCCUUUGAACAGUAAGGGAGACUUUUCAAGUAGACCUGUUUCUUUGGGGCUUGAGUGCUACUUGACACCUAAUAGGGCCAAAGCAGAAGAGCAAUCUGUUUGUGGAAUAUCAGAGGAACAGAGGAAAAAGCCUGUUGAUUUUGCAACUGUAACAAUUGCUGAAUUUGGGAUUACUCCAGACAGUUUUACUAAACCAUCUAUAGGGAAAUCUUCAACUCCGUUAAAAUACAGACGAAGAUCAGCAAUUGGAGCACGGGGCUCACCAGAAAAUAACACCCUUAUUCAAUACCUUGCCCAACAGAGAAGCAACAGGCAAAAACCAGCUUUUACACAGAUUAGUCCUUUUAAACAUGAAAAUGCCAGAUCAUUGAAGGACAAGAUAGAGGCCUUUCAAACAUCUUUUAAAUUGGUCCAAGAAGCUGAAGGGGAGACUGGCUUCUCUGGACUGUCACAAGUGGAUGAUGCUUCCCAGAAAGCAGGCUCUUACGUUGGUUCUGAGCACAUCCCUGCAGGUGUUAGAAGUAACACUGUGUCAGAUCUAAGCAGAAAGAAGGUUAGUUUUGUGGAAGAACUGAUCCUGGAGACAUUGGAUGAAAACAAACCACUUGUCACACCACCCCUCACACCACUGCAAAGCGGAACGGCUUCCUUCAGUGAGCACAGGCAGAACAGCUCCCGUCCGCGAUCUGUGCUGAGGAAAACGCCAAUGAAGCAACCAAUGCAUACCAUAAAGGAGUACUCGAAUGAGGCGAUUGGCAGAGGAGGAGGAGGAGAUGAAUCUCCCUCAGUCUCCAGUUGUGCAGACAUCUCUGAGGCAUUGCAAACAGAGAACAGUGAAGGAUAUAGCUCUGAAAUGCCAAAGAAGAAAAGAGUUACUUUUGGAGAAGUUCUAAGCCCAGAAAUAUUUGAUGAGACGUUGCCUGCAAAUACUCCGUUGCGCCGAGGAGCGACGCCGGUCCGUCGCCCCAGCUUACAAAGUACUAGCCCUUGUGCAAGGUCAAGUCUCCUUGAAGAACCAUUAUCCCAGCCAAACUUUGAUUGCAGUGAUGAAUGUAUUGAGCCUUGUCAAGAAUCAGUGGAAGGUCCUGUUGCUGCAGAAGACCUCCUACCUGUUGAAAAUGCAGAAGCAGAAACUGACAAAUCUGAUGUGACAACAAUUCGUUCUUCUGGCAGAAAGAAGCAGUGUAGCAGCAUAUCAGAGGGGACUGAUACUGGCAACUCAAGAGCUGCAAAUACUAAGAAUGCUAAAGAGACUAAAACUCCAAGAAAGGACAAGAUUCAAAGACAAAAGAAUGUAACCACAUCUACUGUGAAAAAGACACAAAAAAAACAUACAGGCUAUGGGAAAAGAAGGAAGAAAAAAGUAAAAAAAUCUUUAUAUGGAGAAAGAGAGAUGGCUUCAAAGAAACCUCUCCUCAGCCCUAUCCCUGAAAUUCCAGAGGGCCUCUCUUCUGCCUCAUCUCCAAGCUCACCAAUGGCAAAUGCACUUUUUUCAGGUAAUACCAAAUCCAAGAAGGCUCACAAGGAUGUUCAACAGAAGCCAGUGGUUACAAGAAUAAGAAGGAAAAGUAGUUCUGUAGGUCAGGUGUGUGCAAGCUCCAAGGACCAUGACAUUGUAGGAGCUGACAGCUCCAAUGAUACAGGGCCUCAGGUGUCAGAUGGUGAUGUGGAGUCUGUCUGUGGCAUUGAUUGUAAGUUUUCAAACCUUGUGCCACGUGCAAAGCAUGUUUCUGAUACAUCUGACUAUUUCCAACAAAGUGAAAAGACUGCAUGUGUACAAGAGGCAAAAGAAAGUGGUUCCCUGAUAGAAGAAGAGAAAUUACAAGGGAAUCUCCUAAAUACAGCAGAGCAGCUAAAUGGGCUGGAAUUUCUGGAACACCAGGACAUUAGUGUCCACGGGGGUGCCCAAGGAGCUCGGUGUCCACAAGAAGACUAUCUAACAGGUUGUCCACCAAGAAGAAGGAGUAGUGCCAUCUAUUUUCCUCCUGUUGAAACACUGGAAAUCACUGGAAACAAUCUUCCAGUUACUUCUUUUAAUGUGGAAGAAGUCUUGUCUGCUCCUCAGGUUUCUAGAAGAAAGCACAGUAAUGGUGAAAAAAGAGUGAGGCGCAGCAUGAGAUUACUGAAAGAUGCAGGAAGUGAAGGACUUGCGUGGAUUCAAGUACCCCGUGAGAAUCCAAAGAGCCCUUUGCUGCUAACUUCUGCUUGCAAAACCAGGAGAACAAUAAGCACAUCCAUUCUCACAGAAUCAGAAAAUAUUCAGCAUAGAGAGCAAAAUCUCAUCCAGUUGCCAGCACUGGGGAAGGAGAACAGUGACUCUGUUCAUCUCGCUGAUGGUCCUUGCAAAAGAUGGAGGAGGAAAAGCACGUUUGUGUCCAUACCCCAGGAGACAAGAGCUUGGUCUCAAAACUGGAAAAGGAGCACAACAAAUUCUGUAUAUAGGAAGGAGAGAAGUAACCCAAAAAAGUAUGAAGAAGUAGAAAUACCACUUGAAAAUAACUCUAACAUUUAGCAAGGUUUCAGCUCCCACCUAUUCUCUAAAGUGAAGGUCAGUAUUAGAUUCUUAUGUUCUCCCUCAAGUGCUGUUUUCUUCUCUCCCCCACUUACAUUUCCUUACUUAUUAUUUUCCUAUUCAUUUUUUUAUAACUUACAACUGUUUGUCUUGAUGGCUAAAAUACUUGGAGAUCAGAGCUGCAUGGAACUACCUUGGCUUGGAGCUUUAGCCUGGUAGGCAGUCAUGGCAGGUAACUGAGAGGAUAAAUAUUUUUCUCCCAUGAUGAACUUAAUGUGAUGCCACCUCUUUAUUUUAGUCCACAUCCUUCCUUAUGUGUCUUUGUACUUUAGUGCUGUCUAUAGAGCAGUAGCAAUUAAACACUGCUUAUGUUGUAAAAAAACUUGUCAAAUGACAGACUUUCUCUGCAACACCAAGUUUGAUCAUUUGAAGAAGGCACAGAAGGAUUUGGAAGGAUUGCUGUAGGAGCAACAUACAGCAGUGAGACAAUAUACAACAUUGCCAUAACAUUUAUGUAUGCAUUCAUGUGCAUGUUAGCACAGUCCUGGAUUUGCUUGUUAAGUGUUUGGAAUUGUGGUACCUGCACAGUAGUGUGGGAUUUUUGCCCUUGGAACUUGGUUGUGAUUGUUAGCCUAGAUGUGUUUAGCAUCUCGCUACACUUGCUCUGCUCUCAAAUGCACAAUCGAUACAUGAAGUUGCUAAAUGGAGACUUGUCAGCAAAUGUGUGUGACUCAGCUCUUUCAGGUAAAGAGGAGCAAAUAUAAUAGUUCAAAAAUAUGGUCUGUGGUGACAAGUUACUUUUUAGAUGACUGGGAGUUGAUAUUCAUCUUUCUUUGCUGAUAGGACUCUUUCCCUUUUUUGGAAGAACAGGAUU